AUGCAGACAACCAAGUAUUUGGGAGCUACUAAUCCUAAUGAAACCAUUUUUCCAACGUUGUUGGCCACGAGUCAAAUAUGUGGAUUUCCUCUCAGACGGGUUCUGCUGCUGAUUAUCAAUGCAGCUGAAUCGUGGGGGCAUCACGGGCCUUCAGCCAAGGGAAAAGUUUCACAUGCUUUUUGGAUAUAUGCAGCGCUGGGUGGUAAAGGAUAA